AUGUCUCUCUCCAACAAGCUCGCUAUCAGUGACGUCGACCUCAAGGACAAGCGUGUCCUGAUCCGGGUCGACUUCAACGUCCCUCUCGAUGCCAACAAGAACAUCACCAACAACCAGCGUAUCGUCGGUGCUCUGCCCACCAUCAAGUACGCCGUCGAGAAUGGCGCCAAGGCUGUUGUCCUCAUGUCCCACCUCGGCCGUCCUGAUGGCAAGAAGAACCCCAAGUACAGCCUGAAGCCCGUCGUUGCCGAGCUCGAGAAGCUGCUCGGCAAGAGCGUUAUCUUCACGGAAGACUGCGUUGGCAAGGAGGUCGAGGAGACCGUCAACAAGGCCACCGGUGGCCAGAUCGUCCUCCUCGAGAACCUGCGUUUCCACGCCGAAGAGGAGGGCAGCUACAAGGAUGAGGAGGGCAAGAAGGUCAAGGCCGACAAGGACCAGGUCGCCGAGUUCCGCAAGGGACUGACUGCCCUGGGCGAUAUCUACAUCAAUGAUGCUUUCGGAACUGCUCACCGUGCUCACAGCUCCAUGGUUGGCGUUGACCUGCCCCAGAAGGCUUCCGGCUUCCUGGUGAAGAAGGAGCUUGACUACUUCGCUCAGGCCCUGGAGGAGCCCAAGCGCCCCUUCCUGGCCAUCCUCGGCGGCGCCAAGGUCUCUGACAAGAUCCAGCUCAUCGACAACCUCCUGUCCAAGGUCAACAGCCUGAUCAUCACUGGUGGAAUGGCCUUCACCUUCAAGAAGACCCUGGAGAACGUCAAGAUCGGCAACAGUCUGUUCGACGAGGCCGGCAGCAAGAUCGUCGGCGAGAUCGUCGAGAAGGCCAAGAAGAACAACGUCAAGAUCGUCCUGCCCGUUGACUACAUCACUGCCGACAAGUUCGCGGCUGACGCCAAGACCGGCAAGGCCACUGAUGCCGAGGGCAUUCCCGACGGCUACAUGGGUCUGGACGUCGGCGAGGAGAGUGUCAAGCUGUACCAGCAGACCAUCGCCGAGUCCAAGACCAUCCUGUGGAACGGACCCCCCGGUGUCUUCGAGAUGGAGCCCUUCGCCAACGCCACCAAGAAGACCCUCGACGCCGCCGUCCAGGCCGCCCAGUCCGGCAGCAUCGUCAUCAUCGGCGGUGGUGACACCGCCACCGUCGCCGCCAAGUUCGGCGCCGAGGAGAAGCUCAGCCACGUCUCGACCGGCGGUGGUGCCUCUCUGGAGCUGUUGGAGGGCAAGGAGCUGCCCGGUGUUGCUGCCCUGUCGAGUAAGUAA